UCCAGCGGGCGACUGCGGAUGGAGGCAGCCGUCACGGUGCAUGCUCCAUGGGCGAGCCAAGAUUCCGACGGUGAGGAGAGUGAUUGCAAUGACCAUCGGGCACCAUCGGUCAAGGGUCGUCCUGCGUCACCCAGACCACCAAUGCCCGGCACAGCCGUGACCGAAGGGCCCGAUCCGCUGCAACGCUACGUUCGGCUGCAGGAAGAGCACGUCGAGGCGUCCGUCGUAGUGCUAACGAAUGGGACCGGCACUGUUAACACAGGUACUACACUUGAAUCAUUGCCGAAAGGCAGUGGGAAAUUAACUUUCAAUCUAACCCCGGAGCAACUGGGUAUUCGCAACGUGGUUGAACGUGUGGGCCGCACUAGACGAUCUAUUCCCGCCGGCGAAUACCUGCUCUCGCCGGACGCCAGCACUGGGGAGGAAUGUCCGCGAAAGAGUAGCCUGCGGCGCAAUUCAGCGUACAGCAAUCAAUCGGAGAUGGAUAAGCAACUCGCCCUCGAGCUGCAUCCGGAGUCACUUCCGGGCAGUGACGAAGUGUGUCCCGGUCCAGCAGGCACACCGGCCGGCUCGCUGAGGAUGAUGCUGAUGAUGAUACCGUCCGACACUGUACGGCCGGAGGAUGUCGAUGGAUCACGGGGCUCGGUCAGUUCGCGGGUAUCGGUCAGUGGUCAGCUGCCCCGAAGGGCACAACAUAAAUUUGACGAGAUAUCCACAAUCUACGACCACUUCCCGACCGACUUUCUGCCCGACCGGUUCCUGUGCGGGCUGUGCCAGAAGCUGCUACGCGAACCACGUGUGCUAGACUGUCUGCACACGUUUUGUCGGGCGUGCUUGGAGCGGGUUGCCGCGACGGUCACGCACGGUCAGGACAGUGCCCAGUUCUGGCAGCGCGUCAACGAAAAUGCCAGCUUCGAUUGGGACCCUCAAGCAGGCGAUCAGGAAACAGGUAACGGCGAAGCAGUAAAUGAUAAUGUUUCUGGCACAAUCGGCGAGUCACGUUUCGAUCAGCUGCGUGCCUCCUUUCAAAACUUUCGGGAGCAGAACUGUUUGCGAUCACCGGUAAAGUCUGACAAGUGCAGAGACAAAGUUAAAGCUAGGGUAAUAUAUGGUGACAGAGAAAAAGUUCUCGUGUGUCCCACCUGCAAUCAUCCAACGGAGCUACCGGCUGGACCGGGCGGUAUUGGCCAGCUGCCGCAGCACUUUGUGCUGGCGAGGAAAAUCGAGAACAUCAUUUCGCAGCAUUCGUCGUCGCCAGGCUCUUCGCGACACGGUUCGCCCACAAACUGUGCCCCACCAUCAAUCACCUUUGCAAUGUGCGAGCUAUGUUCUGACGAAGUUACGCAACCGGCAACCGUAUCCUGUCAAACGUGUGCACUGAAGUUGUGCAACUUUUGCAGAGAAGCACACCGGCGACAACGUGGCACCGCCUCGCACUGUAUCGUUCGGCUUGGGUUGAACGAGCUGAUGAAAGCGAGGCCUCGACGGACACUGUCUGUCCCGGGGGACUCGUUGCCACGCUCGAUUAAAUGUCCAAUGCAUCCGGAACAUCAAUUAAAACUAUUCUGCACCACUUGCCACCAGGUGAUCUGCGGUGAAUGUAGCACACUGCUGCACCGGGACCACCGCUGCACGACGGUGAGCCGGGCGGGAAAGGUAUAUGGACGAUUUGUGCGGAGUGCCAUCGAACAGACGCGUCCCCUGGAGGACUAUGCAAUGCAGUCGGUGGGUAGGUUGAACGACUUGACCGUACGAAUAAACAGUCGCUGUGAGGCAGUGCAGCAGGAGGUGGACGCGUUCGUGGACGAGUAUGUGGCGGCGCUCGAGGAGCAUCGGCGUACGCUAAGCGAGCAGAUCGGUAACAUUCGCCAGGCAAAGAUGGAGAUGAUCAUGGCCCAGAAGUUGGAUCUUGAGCGGCGUUCCCAGAACUCUCGAGCUGCGAUCGAGUUUGCUGAGGAGCUGAUGACCGAAGGCAGUGAGGUGGAAAAUUUACUCUUCGUCAGCUUACUGCUGAAGCGGUUCGAGCAGUGCCUAAAAUCGACCCGAGCGCUCGACAGCACCGUCACCGAUACGGUGCAGUUCCUCGCGGACGAGGAAGCACCGAACGUGCGGGUGCAGACCGGCGUCCCGCUGUUUGGCAUCGUUACCACCCAGAAAGCGGACCCACAGCAGAGUGGCAUCGAGCAUUCGGCCGGCGAGCUGGCUACCCUGAAGGCACACAAGCGCGUCCAACUAACGCUUAUCGUGCGGGACUACGAAGGUCGUCGGCUGGGUCACGGUGGCAUUACGGUGCAGACGGAUCUCCGCUUUCGGGACGACGAUGAUCACUCAGUACCGAUGACCAUCGUCGACAAUCGGGACGGGUCGUAUGGGCUGACGUUUGUGCCGUCGCGUCCCGGUGUAAUGCAUCUGAUGCUUUUCGUUGACGGAAAGUUGCUGGAGGAAUGUCCGGUUGUGCUGCGAAUCCACAAACUUCGACCACACUACGGCGUGUAUCAUUGCUGUACGUUCUGUUCCAGCAGCGGGUCCAAGGGGGGAACCUGUGCGUGUGGAAGUAUCAUGCCCGGUGGCUACCGGGGCUGUGGCCACGGGCACGAGGGCCAUCCCGGGCAGCGUCAUUGGUCGUGUUGCGGAAGUUUGCAGGAAUACUCCGACUGUACCGCAUCGGUUGGCAAGGAAAGGCAGCACAAUGAAUAAAUUUCCGGAUAGUGGUUUGAGUGUGUUUGCGUAUUUCUUGCGCCAUCUGACGGAAAAUCGUAUUAUUAAGACCGAUGAAGCAAGGCAUGUGCUGGGGAAGUCAAAUAUUUCGUCGUUUGCUUGGCGGCGCAUGAGCAGAAUAUAGCAGGGGAAAAAAGCUACGAACACAACUCGGCAACGCUCAACAGUGCUUAUCUCAUCCAGCAGUAACGCUGCAUGUACACCAGUAAGGUACCGGCGUUCAUUCUUUAUGGACGCGCCCUGCGGUUUGCAAACAUUCAUCAAUUGUUGCUUGUACAGAUACGAUACUGGCUCGAUGCAUUCGUAUGCAACAAACUUGUGACAAUAAAUUGUCCAUCGUCGAUUUUAUUUGUUUUGGAAGCAUU